AUGGUGUACCAUUCGCUGACCGAGCCUCCACGCAACGUCAAGGAGGGUAUUGACUGGUUGAUAGCCCUGAAGGGAGAUGAUGCGAAAAAGAACUUGAAGGCCUUGGGUGAGGCAGUCCACAAAUUUCUCGCAGAUAAGUCCGUUGACAAGAAGGAAGUGCCAGCUCUGGAGAAAGUCAAACUUAUUACUAAGGAGUUCCUCGAGCAAAUGGAGCUCAAGGGGUUGUGCGCUGCAGACACGCUUCAGGGCGAAUUGGAAAACCCUAUGAACACAAACCCUAGCAUAUUUGUGAGGCUUUUCGGAAAUGCCCGCAAAAGUCAUCACGAAAGCUUCGUACAGGCUCAGGGUCUCACUGCUGAAUCUAUCGCGGAGAACAUAGGUCAAGUUGUAGAUGGUUGUGAGAAAUUCUUGGAUGUAAUAAAAAACCCUACGCAGUACAAGCCUGCCUACAGUUCAGAAGUUACGUGGGCCGAAGCAUACGAAAAAGACCCAGAAACCUGUGCGAUUAUCUUCAUUGGGAUCGCGCCAAUGUUAUACGUAGGCAUACGUUCCUUAAAGGAGGCGAGCGCACAUGCAUUAAUGGGAUGA